AUGGCACGUCGUAAUUAUGGAAGAAAGGUAGCAAACAAAAAAGUUGAAAAAACUGAGACUACAAAUACAGAAUUUGUACCAAGAAAGAAGGGUAGACCAAAAAAAGAAAGACCAGAUCCCUGUUAUGUUUGUAGAACCAGAACCACUCCCGAAUGGAGAAAUGGGAAAGUUGACAUUAAUGGUGUUACAAUAGAGGUAUCUUUGUGUAAUGCAUGCGGACUCCACAACGCAAAACAAAUAAAAAAUGGAGAGAUUUCAAGAGAGCAGCAUAGCAUCUACAAUCUAUUAAAUCCUGAAGAAGAAGAAGAAGAAGAAAUAGUAGAAUAUCGUGUGGAAAAAGUAGAAAUAGACUAUGUCAGCGAAGAAGAAGACGACGACGAAUAA